AUGUUGGUGGAGGCACAGAUCGUUGGCAUCACCUCUAUAGGGUCAUUGUUGGCUGUAAUUGCCUGUCUCAGAGUCUUACCCUCUCUGUGCAACGACAUUGAUGAAUUGCAUGAACAGGUUCUCCAAGCAGUCGCAGCAUUUCGUACGGAGACUAACUUGGCCUGGAGUGAGAUGAUGGAUGUGCGAUCGCUUGUCUUUUCUUCAUCCAAACCACAAGAAAACCUGUUUGACUCCAUUAUUCGUCAGAAAAAGCAGUCAGGCUUGCCACCUUGGUGUAAAUGCGUACCUGAUCCCAUUGUUUGCCCUCCCGGUCUUCCCGGUCCACCAGGGCUGCCCGGGCAGCCAGGUAAAUCUUUUUAA